UCCUCAAGAUGGAGGCAGCGGGGGCGGCGACGUGAAGAGCGCGGCGCUGUGGGCGCGGGAGCCGCGGCCGGGGCGGCCCGGGCGGAGGCGGCGCGGGGAUGGGGCUGCUGCUCAUGAUUCUGGCGUCGGCCGUGCUGGGCUCCUUCCUCACGCUCCUCACCCAGUUCCUGCUGCUGUACCGCAGGCAGCCCGAGCCGCCGCCGGACGAGGCGGCCCGCGCGGGCGACGGCUUCCGCUACAUCAAGCCGGUGCCGGGCCUGGCCCUGAGGGAGUACCUUUAUGGCGGCGGCGGCGGCGGCGGCGGCGGCGGCGGCGGCGGCGGCGGGGCUGAGGAGCCCUCCGGCGGGCCCCCCGACGGCGGCGCGGCCCCGGCCCAAGCCCCGGCCCCGGCCCCGGCCCCGGGCCCCGAGACCCCCGCCCCGCCGACGCGGGAGACCUGCUACUUCCUCAACGCCACCAUCCUGUUCCUGUUCCGGGAGCUGCGGGACACCGCGCUGGCCCGCCGCUGGGUCACCAAGAAGAUCAAGGUGGAGUUCGAGGAGCUGCUGCAGACCAAGACGGCCGGGCGCCUGCUGGAGGGGCUGAGCCUGCGGGACGUGUUCCUGGGCGAGACCGUGCCCUUCAUCAAGACCAUACGGCUCCUCCGGCCCGUGGCGCCCUCGGCCGGCGGGGAGUCGGACGGCCCCGAGGGGGAGACGCUGCCCGCCACCUCCCCCGAGGAGCUGGCCUUCGAGGCGGAGGUGGAGUACAGCGGGGGCUUCCACCUGGCCAUCGACGUGGACUUGGUCUUCGGCAAGUCCGCCUACCUGUUCGUCAAGCUGUCCCGGGUGGUGGGCAGGCUGCGCUUCGUCUUCACUCGCGUGCCCUUCACCCACUGGUUCUUCUCCUUCGUGGAGGACCCGCUGAUCGACUUCGAGGUGCGCUCCCAGUUCGAAGGGCGGCCUAUGCCCCAGCUCACCUCCAUCAUCGUCAACCAGCUCAAGAAAAUCAUCAAGCGCAAGCACACUCUCCCGAGUUACAAGAUCAGGUUUAAGCCGUUUUUUCCAUUCCAAACUUCGCAAGGAUUUGAAGAAGAUGAAGAAGAGCAUAUCCAUAUACAACAAUGGGCACUUACUGAAGGCCGCCUUAAAGUUACAUUGUUAGAGUGUAGCAGGUUACUCAUUUUUGGAUCCUAUGACAGAGAGGCAAAUAUUCAUUGUACACUCGAGUUGAGCAGUGGUGUUUGGGAAGAAAAACAAAGGAGUUCUAUUAAGACGGUUGAAUUAAUAAAGGGGAAUUUACAAAGUGUCGGACUUACACUUCGUCUUGUCCAGUCAACUGACGGGUACGCUGGGCAUGUCAUAAUUGAGACUGUGGCCCCAAACUCGCCUGCUGCACUUGCAGAUCUUCAACGGGGAGACCGGCUGAUUGCUAUUGGAGGUGUGAAAAUCACAUCUACCCUACAAGUGUUAAAGCUGAUCAAGCAGGCCGGGGACCGGGUCCUGGUGUAUUAUGAGAGGCCUGUCGGCCAGAGCAAUCAAGGUGCAGCGCUGCAAGAUAAUUUUGGACAGUUGGAAGAAAACUUUCUAUCAAGCUCAUGCCAACCAAACUAUGAAGAAGAAAGCACUGGGUUGGCAGUAGAUGCUGAAAAUAGAGAUUUGGAUUCUGAAUUUGAAGACCUGGCAAGUGAUGUAAGAACACAGAAUGAGCUCAAAGACGAGGUUCCAUCAGUAAGUCACAGCCCCAAACGUACACCAACAACACUUUCUGUUAAACCCCUUGGAACAAUAUCACCAGUUUUAAACCGUAAAUUAGUUGUAGGAAGUCACCUACCACCACCAAAACCUCCAUGUAAAGAGGGAAAUAAACCCUUGGCCCUAAAAGCUUCUGAGAUAACAGAUCCAACACAAGUGUCAAAACCCACCCAAGGAUCCACUUUCAAACCACCCGUGCCACCACGACCACAAGUGAAAGUUCCUUUGCCUUCUGUUGAUCCCCCAAAUCAGACAGAACCAGAUGUUCUCACUGAAAAGCCAGAAAAGGUGCUGCCUCCUCCUCCUGCAGAUAAACCUGCUGAAAAGCAAGCAAAAACUAUGGAUCACACAGAAGAUGUAGCUGCAUCUAAGCAAUUUUUAGCAAAGCAAGAAGUAACAAGAGAUUUUACUUCAGAAAGUUCCUGCCCUCCUAAGGAUGGUUCGGAUGACCCUCAAACAUGGGAAUCCUCAGAAAUUCCUUACCGUAAUAAGCUAGGAAAAUGGACAAGAGCCAGAGCAACCUGUUUCUUUGACAUAGAAGCCUGCCACAGAUACUUAAACAUUGCAUUGUGGUGCAGAGAUCCUUUCAAGUUAGGGGGUCUUAUCUGUUUGGGGCAUGUUAGCUUAAAACUUGAAGAGGUGGCUUUAGGAUGCCUGGCUACAUCAAACAUGGAAUACUUUUCAAAAUUCAGAUUGGAAGCCCCAUCACCUAAGGCAAUGGUCACAAGAACCGCACUACGCAAUCUGAGUAUGCAGAAGGGAUUCAAUGACAAAUUUUGCUUUGGUGACAUUACCAUUCACUUCAAAUAUUUGAAAGAAGGAGAACCAGACCACCAUGUAGUUACUAACGUAGAGAAAGAAAAAGAACUCCAUUUGGUCGAAGAGGUUUCUGCCCUACCUAAAGAGGAGCAUUUUGUUGGACAGAUGGGUUUAACAGAAAAUAAACAUAGUUUCCAGGAUACUCAGUUCCAGAACCCAACUUGGUGUGAUUACUGUAAGAAAAAAGUGUGGACUAAAGCUGCUUCCCAGUGUAUGUUCUGUGCUUAUGUUUGCCAUAAAAAAUGUCAGGAAAAGUGUCUAGCGGAGACUCCUCUCUGUGGAGCAACUGAUAGGCGGAUAGACCGGACCCUGAAAAACCUCAGGCUGGAAGGACAAGAAACCUUCUUAGGCCUGCCUCCUCGUGUUGAUGCUGAAGCUAGCAAGUCCGUCAAUAAAACAACAGGUUUGACAAGACACAUUAUCAACACAAGCUCUCGUUUGUUAAAUUUGCGCCAAGUCUCUAAAACUCGCCUUUCUGAACCAGGAACUGAUCUAGUGGAACCUUCACCAAAACACACACCCAACACAUCCGACAAUGAAGGCAGUGACACAGAAGUCUGUGGUCCAAACAGUCCUUCUAAACGAGGAAACAACACAGGAAUAAAGUUGGUGAGAAAGGAGGGUGGUCUGGAUGACAGCGUUUUCAUUGCAGUUAAAGAAAUUGGCCGUGAUCUGUACAGGGGCCUGCCUACAGAGGAGAGGAUCCAGAAACUAGAGUUCAUGCUGGAUAAACUGCAGAAUGAAAUUGACCAGGAGCUGGAACAUAAUAAUUCCCUUGUUAGAGAAGAAAAAGAAACAACUGAAUCAAGGAAAAAAUCCCUUCUUUCUGCUGCUUUAUCUAAAUCAGGUGAAAGACUACAAGCUCUAACACUUCUCAUGAUCCACUACAGAGCAGGCAUUGAAGAUCUUGAAUCUUUAGAAAGUCUGUCUUUAGACCAGCACUCAAAAAAAAUAAGCAAGUACACAGAUGAUACAGAAGAAGAUCUUGAUAAUGAGAUAACCCAACUAAUAGACUCCCAGCCAUUCAGCAGCAUAUCAGAGGAUUUGUUUGGCCCAUCUGAGUCUGUUUAACAAACCGCUGAUUUAAACUUUCGAGUGGUUGGGGGAAAGUUGCAUCUUAAGUACCAUGUGUAAGCCCUCUUCUAAUGCACUUCAGCCUGCUUCUCCACAGCAAUUUGCUUGUGUAAGAACAAGAGUGAAAAAGGUUGUUUUUUGGGAAAAACAUGACCAGCUCACUAAAUUGGUUGUUUCAGAUUGCGUUUAUAGCUAUGCUUUUUUGGGUUUAUACUGGGAAUUUAUUUUUACUAAUUUAUUUUUAACUUUUUCUAAUUAUGUAAUUAUGUAAGCUAACUUUUCAUGUUUAUGUACGUGUGAUGUCUCAUUGUGUUAUUUUCCUUCAUCUUAGUUUUUGAAUGAGUGUUAAAUAGGAUACUGUCCAAAUUCUUGAAGAUUUUCAUUUCCAUCACGGUUAUAACAAGUUUGCUGCAUGCCCAAAUCGACAACAGCAAUCAUUGAGGGAACAGGUUUUGAGUCUUUGUGUUAGGAAGUUUGUCAUCUCUACUUGCUUGAGAUUUUUGUUAUUUUGGGGUUUGGGGGCGGUUUUUUUGUUUUUGCCAAAUGUAACAUAAAAGCAGAUGCUGCGGCUUUAGUCAGUUACACUGAUUUAGUAAAAAAAAAAAAAGUUACAUAUAGUGCUUGCUUUCUAUCCUUCUGUGAAUUUUUUUCUAGUUUUUGUGCAGUUUUAGUGAGAAUACAGUUAUUAAUUUGAAGAGGUUGCAUUGAAAAAAUGUAAUAGGGAAUAGAGAAUGCAGUUGGUCAGUUUUGUAGAGAAGAUUACUAAAAACACAGUAACCAGUAGGAUUUUGAAAGAUAAUCUUUCGAUAUGUUGAUGCUUUCUCCUUUUAAAUGGAAGUUCUGAAUAUUUAUGAUUUUCAUCUUCAGUUCUCCCAUGGGAAAUAAAGCAUGUCAAGGAUAGAGUUUCAGAGAACUGUUCUUAAAAUGGCCGUGUUGAUAACUGGGUUUGGCUCUUUUGUUUUAGGAACAUAUUCAUGCAGGAGGGUGUUAUGAAAGAAAGGAAUCAUGCAGGAUAGAUUUAUUGCUUUUCUGACAUGCUGCCCGUUGAAGGAAUGGUGGUCAUUCUGAACACUUCUGUAGUUCAGAUAGUCUUUUGUUUAAAAAAAAGAAAAUAAAAAUUAACAGUAUAGAUA